AAACUAGACAAAGAGAAGCUUUUUGAUCCAAGUGUUAUUUUCCCAAUGGAUUUUCAAAUUCUCUAUUUAACAUCCAUUUUCAUUUGUAUGCUUAUGGCAUACAAGAUGUUAACCAAGAAAUCUCACUCAACUCUAAAUUUACCACCAGGGCCAUGGCAAUUACCCAUCAUAGGGAACAUACACAACCUUCUUGGCUCAUCACUUCCUCAUCAUCAACUAAGAGAUUUAGCAGCAAAAUAUGGACCCUUGAUGCAUCUCAAGCUUGGAGAGGUUUCUACCAUUGUGGUUUCAUCAUCAGAAUAUGCUAGGGAGGUGAUGAAAACCCAUGAUCUUUUAUUUGCAUCAAGGCCUAAUAUUCUUGCUACAAAGAUAUUAAAUUAUGAUAGUAAGGGUAUAGCUUUUACACCCUAUGCUGAUUAUUGGAGACAGCUAAGGAAGAUGUUUACAUCGGAGCUAUUAGGUUCAAAGCGUGUCCAAUCUUUUCAACCAAUCAGAGAGGAAGUGCUCAAUAAUUUCAUCAAACGAAUUGCUUCAGAAGAAGGAUCACCCAUCAAUCUUUCCAAAGAAGUGAUGUCAACAAUAUUUGCUCUCACUUCAAGGACAUCACUUGGCAGCAAGUGUAGGCACCAUCAAGAACUAGUAUCAACAGUAGAAGAUGGCACAGAGGUUGCUGGAGGUUUCGACUUGGGAGAUUUGUACCCUUCUGCCGAGUGGAUUCAAAACAUCUCUGGACUGAGGCCUAAGCUUGAGAAGUUGCAUAAAAGAACUGACAACAUACUGCAAAACAUCCUCGAUGAGCAUAGAGAGUAUAAAUCAAGUGCCACACAAGAUCAAGGUGAAGAAGUGCAGGAAAUUCUCUUAGAUGUGCUCAUGAAGGAGGAAUUUGGCUUAAGUGACGAAAGUAUCAAGGCUGUGAUCUGGGAUAUCUUUGGAGGUGGAAGUGAUACAUCAUCUACAACCAUAACAUGGGCAAUGACAGAGAUGCUUAAAAAUCCAAGAAUAAUGGAAAAGGUUCAAGCCGAGGUAAGAGAGGUAUUUAGCAAAGGAGGAAAGCCAAAUGAAAGUGGUAUUGAGAAUCUGAAAUAUUUAAAAUGUGUUGUGAAAGAGACAUUGAGAUUACACCCUCCUGGUCCUCUUUUGCUUCCAAGGGAGUGUAGACAAGAAUGUGAGAUCAAUGGGUAUCACAUACCUAUCAAAAGCAAGGUCAUAGUAAAUGUUUGGGCAAUUGGAAGAGAUCCAAAUAAUUGGAUUGACCCUGAGAGGUUUUAUCCUGAGAGAUUCAUGGAAAGUUCUAUUGACUACAGAGGCAAUAAUUUUGAGCUCCUCCCAUUUGGUUCCGGAAGGAGAAUGUGCCCAGGCCUCACCUUUGGCGUCCUCAAUGUUGAGUAUGCACUUGCUUUGUUGACUUAUCAUUUUGAUUGGAAACUUCCCAGUGGAAUGAAAAAUGAAGAUUUGAACCUGAGUGAGCAUUUUGGAAUAACAGUUAGGCGAAAAGAUGAUUUGUAUUUGAUUCCCAAAAUUUAUCAUCCUUAACCUCCUUCACAAGCUUUACAGUGGUGCAAUUGUUUGUAACCACAUUGAUUGUGUCAUCAGUUAAGUGCUACAAGAUGUAGCUUAUGUAUUAUCGAUAAAAAUUCGUACAGUAUAUGUGAAACUUACUAGUUAUCAUUAAAUAUGUAAACUUUUCGUCAAUGUAUUUACGUCUCCCAGAUCAUAAAUAGUUCUAGGAACACCACUGGAUGUGCUAUUUUGCUCAAUAUUCCCAUAUAAUAAUGAACUAUAUAUUGUUGUCAU